AUGGGCGGCAACAAGAAGAACAAGAAGGGCAAGACGCCGGCCAGCAAGUCAGCUUCUGAGGCCGGCAGUGGAACACCGACUCAGCCACCGCAGCCACCAAUCAAUACUCAUGUUGGAGCUCGGCUCACUCCCAAUACACCAGCAGGAGCGCCAUCGAUUCCAACGCCUUCCACACGUCUCGAUAGUGCAUACAAUCACGGUACACCAAACAGAUACAGCAGCGACGAAGACGACACCGACGAGGACGACGAUCCAAAGAACUGCUACAGCGACGGAGAACAUACAGAAGCCUACAGGGACAAGAUUGCUACCAAGGCGUUCAGGAGGUACAAGAAGUACGGCGAGGAUGCUCUUCAAGGCGUCGAAAGUCAACUUUUGUAUGACGCCAUUCAAGACCUGAUCAUCGAAGAAGGGGGCGUCGGAGGUGUGGACACGGAGGCACGCGAUGCGGAGAAAGUGAGUAAAGAGCGCGAGAGAAGGGCGCGUUGGAGUGUAGAAGAUGGUAAAGCGAAAAGCCAAGACGAUCUGAAGCAGAAGAGAGAGAUAGAGAAGCAGCACCAAGCGAGAAAAGAUCGUGAGAGUGCCAGAAUUUUGGCUGACGUAGAGGACGAUAUCGACAAGGACUUCAAGGCUCCCGUCACAUUGGACAACCCUGCACUGCUGCUGCGAGGCCCUCCAAGCGACCACAUUGGCGUAGCCAGCGAUUAUGACAGGAAGAAAAGCAACAAGAAGCCCGAGCCUGGGCCAGAAGAACGGGUAACGGAGCAGACGCAGGAAACUCCAGGACGAAAGAUUGCGAAGCCAAGGCCGCGAAGACCCGGCAGUGCAGGUGGUCCGGCCAGUGCUGCCAACGUGUCUGGUCCAGGUGAAUCACCUUUCGCAAAUUUCAAUCAGCAAGCCGACCCUUCCACACCUCAGACAUUCCCUCAGGGUAAUGGAGCCGUCCAGGCAAGAGACAAGGAUAAUAUGGAAGUCGAAUUGGCCACCGGUGACCUGCCGGCUCCUUAUGACCCACAGGCAGUCGGCGACGACAACUCUGGAGCGUACUCCGACCCCGAUCAGUUUGCCGUUCAAACAGGUCCAAACUUGACCGUCAACACAUCCGACGGCCCGCCUUUCUCCUACCCUGAUCCACAGGAGGAUCCUCAGAACACCUCCCCUUACAAUGUGGCACCUCGACCGAAUUCUGCUUUGAACUAUACCAGUGCCUUCUCACCAGACCCAAGGCACGGUGCGCAGGGCAUGCCUGGGUUCGGAGAAUUUCCCUCAGGUGAGUCGGGUCCGCCAUCGGGUCCGAUUUUUCCGCAAUCCGGGUUCGAUUUUGCAGCGCCACUGCCAGGGAGGGAAUCUGCUCAACCAUCUAACAUUGAUCCACAACUUUUGGGCCUUGGAGGUGCCAAUCCUGGCCCAUCUGCUCCAGCCGUAUCCUUGACGCCUGUAAUGGAUCACUCUUCGACCGCGGGAACAAGAAGAGUCCCAGAGCGGAAAAAGAGUGGUGACACGGUGAGGCCCAGAGCAGGCAGAAGGAAUGCCGACCGAAUCCGAGCGGAAAGUAUAAUAGACUCGGGGCCUGAGACCGUGAACCCUUACUCCACUGGCAAGUUUGAGACCGCGUUACCAAAUGCGUUCGGAGUCACUGAUUUGCGAAACUCGCUUCCUACGAUCGAGUCAGCCGCACCGCCUCAAGUCGAUCGCGAUGGAGACCAGGCCAUGAAGACGGGGCCGGAUUCGAAUACCGAGACGACGAGGAACAUCCCGCCAUCGGGAUUCGACGAAGAUCCAAUGGAACAUGACGGAGUAUCGAGCCCGAGAGUACAGCCCGAGAGCCCGCGAGUACAGCCAGAGAGCCCGCGGUAUCAGCCGGAGAGCCCUUCGACCUAUCCCAAGCCGGAGGAAAUGGAGAUCGACAGUAAUAAGGAAGCGUCCCGAGGCCCCAAGGAGAACCUACAGAAUGUCAGCAGUGGUGGAUAUUAUCCGAAGAGUCCUCCGCGCGAUCUACUAACCCCACGCAAACCGUCAUAUGGGAGGACCGCGACGUACGACCCGGAGUAUCAAAGGAAUUCGAACGAUGCGACCACGUCAGGCGUGGGCGGAAGCAACGGUCCUUCAACGACGCCCAGAAUUCCGGAGUCUACUGAUCCUUUCGGCGGGAACUACUUUCCUCCAGUCCGUGACACAGCAAUGGAGCCGUAUAAGACAUGCGGGGACGAGGACCAUGAUGAGCUGGUGAAAAAGAUCAACGUCGCCCUGAAGAGCGAAGCUGAAGCCAAAGACAAGGUCAAAGACUACGAUAGGAUGAAGCGAGAACUCGACGAGUCGAAGAAGGCCGGGAAGACCGAGGAAAAGAACUCCGAGAAGUGUAAGGCUAAAUGCACUACACUUGAGAAGGAACUUGCAAAGGUCAGAGCGGAAUUCGACGCGUUCAAGUCGCAGCACCAGGAUUGCACGCCUUUGAGAAAGGAUAAUCAGAAGAUUGUGCAGAGCACGACCCCGAGUAGCAAGACGAGCAAUCCUGGUCCUGUCAAACUUCAAGGACUUAAGGACAGCAUGUACGCAAAGUCACCUCCGCCAGAACAGGAUGCCGACGUCGAGAUGGGCGAAGACGGCAUGGACAACGAUCUGAAGAAAGCCAAGGAAGAUCUGGAAAAGGCCAAGAAAGCCGCGCUGAAGGCUGAAGGGGAUCUGCAGACUGCCAGAGGUGAACAUUCAGCUGCUCAGAACAUCUUGCAGGCUGCGAAGGAGGCUGCCGAGACCAAGUUGCGAGAAUGUAAAGAGCAGGCUGCUCAGUUGAUGGCUCAGAACAAUGAGCUUUACAAGGAGGCAUCCAUAGUGCAGGCUGAGCAUAAUCAGUGUGGCCAGAAGCAGAUGGUCGCCGUGGCGGGUGCUGAGGAAGCCGCGAAGACCGAUCUAGAGAAGAGCAAGAAGAAGCAAGCAGAGUUGGAGAAGGAAAAGAAGACUGCCGCUGAGAAACUACAGAAGCUGCAGACCGAGCACGCCAGAUGCAAGAAGAAUCAGGCAGAUGCUCUCGCGGCUGCGGCGAAGAAGUGUGACGAGGAGAAGGCAGCUUUGGGUCCGCCCCGGAGGAAGAGGGAGCCUGGCGAGAAGAGACCGGAGAGGUGUACUGUUCAACGACACAGGGAGUACAAGGAGAUGAUACGGAUGGCCGCAGAGGCAACGACCAGCAUGGUGGAUGCCGUGACAAGGAUGCAGAAUAGUGGCCUCUCGUUAUACUUCACCACCGUCACCUGGAUCCUGCAGCACGGCUUGGUCGGAAAGCACUGCAUCAUUCGCGGUCGGCUAAGAACAGGGCAGUGUCCAGACGAGGGGUCGAGAUUGGCCUGGAAACGGCUCGCAACAAAUGGGCGUCUCUGCAGUGUCAAGGACAAGUUUGCCUUCCCAAGUUGUCGACGGGAUGAUGGCGGAGUCACUCCUCUACUCUUUGUCAAAUACAUCACCACGACAUUUCCCAAACGUCAGGUCAUUAACAACAAGGCCUCCCUCUCGCGCACCCUCGCAUCCACAAGACUUUCCGCCAUCAACACUGCGCAACGGCAAGAGCUCGCAAACAUGCUUCUCCUCCCGUUCUGCGAUUUCGCCGCUGCCGACAGCACCUACAUCUCCACCAUCGCUGCGCAACGCGUAGCUGAAGAUAUCUCGCGCCGCAGCCCAGCGAACAAGGUCCUCAGCACGUACGAGCUUGUGGCCAAGAUUGUGGUCCACCUGGUACCUCGCGAAAUCAUCGUCAACAAGCGCGUUUCACCAACUUGGCACAACGUGGUGGAAACCAGUCCGACCGUGCGCGAAGCAGCCUUUCUCAAGUCGACGACUCAAGCCUACGCGUGGGAAGCCAGCCACGCCGGCCAGGAAAUCAGUCAACUCAUCUCGCACGAUAAAGUCCCAUCACACUGGGCAGAAAAUGGCAGCAAGAUCUCAGGCCUGGAAAACGGCGCGCGUUGGAGCGUCUACCCAUACUCCCUUCCAGACAUUUCAAGCACCCUGCGCAUGACCAUCCACCACUACAACUCCGCUGCCCUCGAGCUUGAGAACACACGUUCAAUGAGCACGAUCCACAACUGCAAGCCAUGCAGCAUUUUCGACGAGCUCCAACACGGAAACGCCUUGCAGGCCAUGCUAGUCAAACUCGAUCACGUCACGCUGCAAAAGGCCCUUGCCAACAACCAUUCCUUCCUCGACAUGCAGCUCGCGAGCCCUCCAAUCACCAAGAUUCGGAUCUUUUUCGCCGAGCGUGGCUCCGGCGACAUCAUUCCCGGCGGAGAGGCUGGUAUCGAGGUUUCCCAUGGGCCUGGUCUCACGGUUCGUCACUUGCUUGAACUUGCAGAGUAUAUGGACAAGGUCAAGGGUCAGCCAAAUCUGACCAUCGCAUGGUUCUGGGUUGUCGGUGGCCACUUCACGUCUCCCGAAACCCUGCAGGCUGUUCGGAUGGCAGGUCCUGAAGGCCUCAGCUGCCUUGCGAAGAUGCAGCUCUUCACCGACGAGGACAAGGCAGCACUGCAAGAGCAAGUGUACGAGAAGAUGGCGGAAAUGCAGGAGCUUGUCGACAGCAACAGAUUCGACAUGCAGGCAAUUCUUGACGCCGAGAAGCAGUUGGUUGGUGAGGGUCAAGAGGCCGAGUUCGAUCUAGAGGCGGCACAGCUUGCGAUUCACGCCAACAACAAGCACGAUCAAGACGAGCUCGAUGUCAAGUUCGAGCAGAUGCAACUUGACCACAAUGCACACGAAGCCAUGCUCCAGGGUAUUGUCGAUCGUGAAGCGGAGCGGAUGCUGGCUGGUUUCCCGGUUGAGCAGGAGGAGGAGAGCUCGCAGGAUGUGGUCAUCGAGGAGGUGGCUGCCGCGCUCGAGAAUGAGCAGGUGGACGACUCUGCCGACGGCCACGAGGAUGGAGGUCUGAAGCAGGGCCAGUGA